AUGGAUGUUCAUGAAGAGAUCUCUCGCCUUCUUGGGGUAGAAAAAACCCUGGAAGAGCAGCUGAAAGUCAACGCUGAACAGAAGCAGAGACUGAAUGAGCUGCAGCAGACGAUCCAUGAGCGAGAUGCCAAAGUCAGUGAGCUCGAGGAGUUCUUGGAGCAGAGAGACGCCCUGAUCGACUUCGGGAAAGGUCUACUCCAGAAAAAGGACAAAGACACCAAGGAUCUGGCUCGGGAGGUCCGCAACAGGGUCAACUUCCAUGUGGGAAACCUCAUGAAGGAAAAGAUGGAACUCCAGAAUAGCUGUGUCUUCUUAAAGAAAGACCAGGCCUUUCUGCGAGACCAGCUGGACCAAGUGGACGAGCAACAUCAGCAAGAUCAGGAUCGAAAUGAGAAGCUUGAGGCUGAAGUUUCCAAAUUGAAAGACGAACUGAAGCAGCUGGAAUUGACAGAACAGGAACUCACACAGACUGUUCUAGAAAGAAACGCCCUCCAGAGGAAAGUAGAUGAAUUGAAGGAGUUCUUGGAGCAGAGAGACGCCCUUAUCGACUUUGGGAAGGAUCUGCUCAAGAAAACGAACAAAGAGUUCAAGGAUCUGGCUCGGGAGUUUCGAAACAAGGUCAAUGCUUAUGUGGGAAACCUCAUGGAGAAUUACAUUCAUCUAAAGGAUCACUGUGUGGACUUGGAGGAGGCAACAGUACGUCUGGAACAGAAACUGGACAAAGCAGACCAGCAACAUUUAGAAGAUGUAGUUAGAAAUACGGAGCUGGAAUCUGAACUCGUGAAGUCGAAGAAGCUCCAGCAGCAGCAGCAGCAGAGGAUCCAGGACCUCAAAAGAACAAGUCAGGAUCUGGAGGAGCAGUUGGACGAGGCGGAGAGAUACCACAUUCAAGACGCGGUGGAAAACCUGAAGAAUGUGGGUGAACUUGGAGAGACACAAAGAAAACUGAAAAAGUCUGAAGCUGAGAACGAGGCCCUGAAAACCCGUCUACAACAGACUGACAAACACGCAGAGACCAAAGACCAGAACAAGGAAGAGAUACAUAAUGAGCAGGACAAGAUGAAGAAGAGGAGCUGGUGGAAGUGUUGGGAGUAA